AUGAAAGUGAGUAAAGGGAGUGUCGGGGCAGAGACGGAAUGGGACGCACGACAAUGGGGAGGGCGGAGGACGCGGGUACCUGGGCGUGGGCGAGGGCGCGCGGGAGGGGCGCGCGCUCAGGCGGGGCGUGGGGUGUGCGGUGUGGGGAAAGGAGCGCGGGAAGGCAGGCUAGCCAGCGUCGGUGCGCACUGGAGAAGGGAGAGGAGGAGGGAGAGGAGGAGAGGGAGCGGCGGCGACGAGGAGCGAUGGCAAGGGGCAGGCGGACCGCCCGCGGGCGCGCAUUAUUAUUGCCGAUCUAGUUUGGGUAGACAAGUGGAAAAUGAUUAUUCCAGGGAUCAGAGCGCGUUCGGACGACCGCUGCCGCUGCCGCUCGUUCUGUUUGGCCCAGGUUGGUUCCUGCCAGCGUCCGCACCCACGCCCCCGCCGGCGAACCCGUCCUCAGCGCAGCCAGCCCGGCCCCCGCGCCGACCGCCGCACGCUCCCCAGCGACGCCCUUCUCGCCCACGUCGCGCUCCCGCCCGGACGCCAGCCCAUGUUUCGACCAGCGCGCACAUCAGCAAUUUUCUCCAUUGCACCAUCGAUUCUCUGCCACGGCCACAUUUUUCUAAGCCACACCCCGGCCGGCUCGCGCACGCGCUAGGCCCUGUUCCUCGGGUGUUCCAUGCUGCUCUCGUCUCCUCGGCACUCAUCGCCUUCCGACUGUCCUCGCAGAGCCGCGGUUGCGGUCCGCGCGCGACAGCCAGUUCUGAGUGGCAGCCCGGACGCCGUCUUGGCACGUCCACCAGUGGUCCACACCUCCCGCUCCCGGCCGUUCUCACACUCCGCUCUCGCCAGGUGGUUCCCGGCCGGACCUUGCGAUGGGCACGACUCUCGACGGCGGGGGCCCCCGAUGUGGUUGCAGCAGAAGACGGUGGACUGCGCGAGCGGGGCACCGAGCGCGGACGCCAUGUCGUCAUCGGCCUCGCUGCAGCUCAUUCACGGGGGCGGAACGCCUUGGGCUUCCUUCCCGCACGCGUGCCUCCUGCUAUUCACAUUCACCACACAUGGCUCGUCGUUCCAGAAGCCGUCCUUCUCUACAAACCUCGUCCCACGCCGCGCCCCAAACACCGCACGCCGCACGCCGGAGGGCGCAUCUUCCCCCCGCCCCGCCCAGCGCGCGCACCACCAACCGUCCUGCGGUGUCUUACGGCGGGCGACGGUCAUGAGACCGCUCGCGUGCGGCGCGCAGGUUGCUUCUGCCCCGGGUCCGGACAUGUCGACUUCUUGGUCAUGGCGCCCGCCUGUGCCCGCCUGGACGUAUGUCGUUCGACGGGCCGCUCCAUCCGCGCUGGCGACCGUUGCAAGCCAUUGUUGCUCGGCUGCAGACCGUCUGCCAGUGCAGCACAUGCGCGCGCGCGCUCUCGAGGGAGCCUCGCGCCGGAGGAGGGAGGACGGUUCACAGGCCUGGUGGCACGGAGCACGCUCGCGCUAGCGCCGUUCGGGCAGGAGCGUUCCAGCACGCCGUCCCCGACAUGGCUACAUUUCACCGAGCUCGCCAGGCGGUUCUUAGGUAACGCCCUCCACCCCCUCUUCGCCCGAGGCAGCUCUUCUCAGCCUAUGGACUUCUCCAGCCCGCUGCGGCCGAUGGUGCCGGCGGCGGCGGCUUCCACUCGCACGCUACCGACAGCGGGCGUGGCAGCUCAAUGGGAGAGUUGCCCGUCUGGCACCGCUCGCCAUUUUGCCAUACGUUCGCCCACUCAAACUCGGCCCCAAAACGGGCGGACGCCGCUCGAUUUUAAUGGCUUGGCGGAUCUGCCCACGGCUAGCCUCAUUCCCCUCGGAAGCGCACAGCGAUCGCCCUCGUCGGCCCCGCGAGGAACGCAUAAAUCGCACUCCUCGCGGGUCGCGUGCACUGCGCUCCACUUCGCCGGCAGAAUAUUCUCCUGCGACAGGGGGAAAAAACCCUCAAGCACACCUGGUUCCGAGUCCCGACGCAACACCCGCCGCCCUCCUCUCCCUCCGCAGCCUGACAAACCGCGAGCGCACUCCGUCUCUGCCCGCCCCGGCUCGCUCCCCAACGUCUCCACCCCACUUUUCGUGCGCACGCGCGGACGACCUCUCGUGCCGACGCUAACGCAGUCGGGCACGACGGACCCGCGUCGCCGGCCCCAUCCCAUCACGCAUUUACUCACUGGCCGCCCGGCGCCCCAGCACGAUCGCGCGGGCGGCGGCGGCGACGACGCUCGGAGUCGGAACGCCGAGCUCCGUCGAGACCUCCGACCGCCGCGAGCUGCAGCCUGCGCCGUGUGCGUCGCGGAAAGGGCGCCCCAUGCGGCCGCACACGCACGGUUUGGAGGUCGUGUGCCGGGGCACGAAACGUUCUCCCAGGCCCGUCGCGGCGUGGGCGGGCGGGCGGGCGGGCGGCGGGCGUCGGGGGGACUGAAAGCGUCCGCAGCCGUUUGGCCCCCGUUUCGUCUCGUCUUGCCUCGCGCGCCCGCUCGUCUCGCCACCGCGCCCGCUGAGCAGGGCCCCCCGAAGCUGAAAUCUGAAAGGUCGAACGCGGCGGGAGAGAGACUUGCCCCCGAACGACGGCCGCGCGCACGCGCUCUCUCAGGCUCUCUCUGGCCACUCCCGCCGUCCGUACAUCCGUCUUCCGCGACUGCGGUACCUGGGUCCUGGGGUCGGCCGCGUCGGUCGUCGCCGUCGGCGGCGGGCGUGGGGAGGUCCGAGGCGGGCCCCCGCGGAUUCACAUGCGCAAAUCUGGCAGAUCGGCGGGGAAAUGAGAUCAGUCACGCCAAGGGACGGGCGAGCAUAUCGGGGCCGCGCAGAGGUGUCGUCGCAGUGCCCCCGGUGCCUCCAGCUCGAAGCCGGAAAAACGUUGCCCACGCACCGGAGAUUGAAGACAGCCCACGGGGAGCGCGAGAGGAGGGCCAGCCUCCAGCGCGAGAUAAGGCUCAAGGCAAACAGCCAAGAGCGUCACCGUUGACACAGGUCGACGUAAGGGUGUGA